AUGACGACAGAUUGUACUUCCACAACAACUGGCUCCUUUCAAGUCAAAGGUGGAGUUGGCAUCGCUAAAUCACUGUACAUUGGAGGGGAUGUAUACACAAAUGGUGUGAAAUUGGCUACUGAAAGUUCUCUAACAGCAUCCGUUGCUACGAAGCAAAAUGCAAGUCCUUUACUCGAUGCAAUAAGUGGUUUAACAACGACACCUAAUACAUUCAUCAUGGGGGCAUCGAACGGUUUUACAGCGACACCUGUUUCCACUAUUCUUGGUGGAUACCAACCUCUUCUUACUACAUCAUCCUCAUUGAAUGUGAAUUCUCUGAUGACCAGUGGUGGGAUAUUUGUACAAGGGGCUAUGGAUAUGGUGUUCCGUGUUGAUAAUGUAGGCAAUGGACUCUUGACAGGUGGCUUACUUGUGGAAAAGGAUCUAAAUGUUGAAGGACUGAUCAUUCAAAAUGGUGUCAAGGUGGCAAUGCAACAAUGGGCUGUUGCUAUGAUGACUAGCAUGACAACUCCUCUCAGUCAAUCCUUGACAUUGCUUCAAACACUUGUUCAGAAUAACAAGACCGCCGCAGAUAUGGCGCUUGCUACUAAACAAAGUGCUUCUCCAUUACUCAAUUCCAUCAGUGGUUUAAUACCGGCGGCUAACACAUUCAUCAUGGGAACACCCACAGGGUUCUCAGUUGUUCCUACAUCGAAUAUACUUUCCUCAUAUCAACCUCUUAUUACCUCAUCGACUGCGCUAUCAUUUAACAGCGCUACUGUUGGCAGGGGUAUAACCAUUCAAAAUGGCGCAGCAUCUACAACAAUGUCCUUAGUGAACACUGGGAGUAACAUUACAUGGGGCAUGAGAGUUGCCGGAAGCACAGGAGACGGAACAUUAUCAGCAGGCGGAUUCGGUCUAAAUAGUUCUUAUAACAAUACAGGCUUCGUUCUGAGAGUUUCCAAUACAGGCGUAAUGCAGAUACCAAACACAACUGAUUCAUCUAGUGUGACAACAGGUGCUUUCCAGGUAUCAGGUGGAGUUGGCAUAGGAAAAACUCUAACCCUAGGAGCAGGUGGAGGAGGAUUGCAGCCUGCGGCCAUAGUCAUCAAUGCGCCUUCAAGUGCUACUGCAUCUAUGGCCGUUCUGAUUAGUAACAAUGCUGCUUCGAGUAAUUCAUGGGGUAUAUACCAUGCUGCAACUAAUGGAACAGGUAUACUUACCAAUGGGAGCCUCGGGUUUUAUAACUAUGGAACUAGCGCCCAUCAAUUCAUCCUCAAAGCCAAUGGAACCAUUGCAAUCACUUCCACUACAGACUCAUCGUCAACUAUAACGGGCGCAUUGCAGGUAUCAGGAGGUGCAGGAAUUGCUAAAUCACUGUACGUCGGUGGUGACAUUUUCUCCAAUAAUCUCAAACUUGCAACCGAGAGUUAUGUAGGGAUGGCCAUUGCUAAUAAACAGGCAUCGAGUCCACUAUUAUCAUCCAUAAGCGGUCUUGCACUAUCUGCAAAUUCAUUCAUUGUUGGAAGUUCUGCUACAUCAUUCUCCACGAAAACUGUUGAAGAGGUGAAGUCAAUUCUAGGUGUUACGAAUGUCGACCUCUCAGGGAAGCAAAAUGCAAGUCCUUUACUCGAUUCCAUUGCCUCGAUGUCACCAAUGAGCAAUAUGUUUCUCAUGGGAGAUGAUGUCCAAGGAUUCACUCUCGCAAAUGAUGUCACUGUGCGAAGUAUUUUAAACAUUGUCAACUAUGCCCCCAGCAUAUCAGCACUGCAAACAUCGAAACAAGAUGUUAUAAUGUCUUCCAGCAAUCUGUUGGUAAAUACAAUUCUUGCUAAUGAUACAUCCGAUGCACAAACCGUAUCAAGUGGGGCUCUACAGGUUAAAGGAGGUAUAGGGGUUUCUAAAAGCAUCUUCUCAGGUGGAAACAUUACAGGAAAAGUUCUUAUAGCAGCCUCUACAGGUGGAUAUUUCAAGUUGAGAAGCGACACUCCCUCUAUGAAAGGUGACUACACUAUCUCCUACAACAACUCCGGAGACGCCCUUCACGUCCACCUCGCCGGCUCGUCUGAUAGCAUAGACCAACAUCGUUAUGAAUUCGACCUCAUCUUGUCCGGUAAUCUAACUAUUGGUUUGCCACUUAAUGGGCUACGGGCUAUUAUUUUGAAAAAUCUCGACCCAGGAACCAAUGCUUGUGCCAUCCAAUACUUCCAGAAUGCCGCAGGGAGUGCUGUUAUGUUUUUGAACGGAAACAAUAGGAGUGUGGAUGGGGGAGUAAAUACAUUUACAAUAAGGAACGAUGCAGGGGGAGUGCGAUUGCAAGCGCAGGGAGCGAAGGGUAUUACUAUUGCAUCAUCGACAGGAAAUGUCAUAGUUGAAAGCACCACUCCGGCUUUAUCGAGUACAACAGGUGCAUUGGUGGUGAAUGGAGGUGUCGCUGUUGGAGCCCAUGUAGUGGCUGGAGGGAAUCUUUAUAGCAAUGGCCCAGUUUACUCGAAUGGUCAGGUGUGCGCAACUCAGUCAUGGGUGACCGGUCAGACAUUCCUAAGAAAUGUUCAAGUUUUCAAACUGUUGACUAAAGAUGUAUGGCAAUCCAACAAUGCCUCGAAAGUUUUCUAUGUUUCAACACCAGGCAAGGUACUUAUGGAGUGGACAAUACGCUUGCAUGGCAAUGCAAACUCAAAUGGUACACUUUCCAUCUUCCUUGGACAAAGUGCCGGCUCAAUGCCUCUCGUAUAUGCUUCAGACUUCAAUUUCAACAGUGGAAUUAACACUACGCUGACAGCCACAUUCAUUCUUACAGGGAUGGCCGAUAACGUGGCUUACUUCACAAAUUUUAGUAUCAGUCAGGCUGCUCCUGAUAAUACCACAGAUGUUACCCUCAUCAAAAUCACGGAACUCGGCCCUUAG